AUGGGCAUUAUGAAGUGGCUGGUGAUGUUUGUCUUGCUGGGCAUAUGCUCACAGGCUGCAGCCCAAACAGCAUCCAUGUUCUCAGCAUCAUCCAAGACCAUGAUUCUCAGAUGGACCAGGGUCCCAGGAGCCACCUCAUACAAGAUCACCGUCGCCCCCAAAAGCUCACCAAGCAGCCCCGUUGCUUUUGCCACAUUUGGUCCAAACACAGUGUUGGGCUCCGUCAACUCUCUGUCCCCGAACAUCUUGUAUGAAUUCACAGUUGAAGCUCUGGAUAAUUCCCAAAUAACACUGAGCACUGCAGCUGUUGAGUCAUCCACAGCCCCUGAGAUGAUGGAUCCCAUCCAGACAGUGAAGUCGAAGGACAGCAGUACCUUGAUGGUGGGGUUCAGCUUGAAGACUGGGGCAACUCAUUAUAUCAUACGCAUCCAGAACGCCAAUGGCUUCUACAGAGAAGACACAGUGUCCUCCUCCCCCGCUGAGAUUAAGUCCCUCACACCAUACACUGAGUACACACUCAGCAUCAUGUCUGUGAACAGCGGAGGCCGCAGCCAGCCAUCUCCUCCGGUGACUGCAAAGACAGUCUUGCCUCCUCCUCAGAUCUCCACCACCUCCUCCCCCAGGAAUGACAGCAUCACUGUAUCCUGGGCCCCCGUCACUCACGCUGUGCAGUACAGCCUGUCCAUAUACAAGCUGGGCUCAAACACUGACAUGAAGCACAACACCUCCAACACCAAUAUGACCAUCUCUGGCCUGGAUGCUGGCUCUCUCUACGUCAUCAGGGGUUUCGCCUGGGACCUCGAGGGCCGACAGGGCGAGGCCAGUUUGUACAUCAACCAGACAACACGACCCCCAACACCGUCUUCUGUCAACGUCUCCGUGGUGAUGAGUAACGGUGUGGCUGGACUCUCUGUGUCCUGGGAACUCGAUCAGGAGGUCUAUGGGUCCAUCGAGUACCAUGUGACGAGUGACCAGAACCUCACGUGUAACGCCACAUCUGGCUCCUGCACCCUGCCGGCAGUGAGCUGUGGCGACGCACACACCAUCCAGGUCACCGCUUCAAACGAGGCCGGGCCCAGCUACCCGUCCAUCCCCGUGGUGUUCAUCACAUACCCCUGCCCACCAGAGUCUCUGGCUCUCGUGGAGUCACCAGAAGGAAACUGCACGCUGACGUGGGACGAGGUGCCACAUGCGGACAGCUACACAGCCUUCAUUAAGAGAGGUGACGGCAGCGAGGAGACCUGCAACACCACCAGCAACAACUGUAGCUACCACUGCAACUGUGGCUACACGUACCUCAUGUCUGUGUUUGCUUUCAACCACGCUGGCAGAAGUCCUCAAGGAAAGGUUCUCAACUAUACCACCUUGCCCUGUUGUCCUGAGGGCGUAUCCAUCUCAGUGGUGAGCACUGACACUCUGGAGAUCAUGUGGACAGCCUCGCGGGGGGCAGAGCUGUACGAGACUCGGGCCGCGGACGGUUCAGAGGUCAUCCUGUGUAACGACACGGCACCGGUGUGCGCCCUCUCUGACCUCAGCUGUGACAGUCCCUACAGUGUGGUGGUGACGCCCUGCAAUGAAAUCAGUGGAUGCAACCGUGCAUGCACAGCUCACACCAAAGACACAGCUCCCUGCAUGCCGAUGAAUCUGAUGCUCAAUCUGAAAAACUCCUCCUGCGUCAGUGUCAGCUGGACAGCAAACAACAGGGCUGCUACUUACACUGUGAGUGCGUCAGGAGGUGAUGGCGCACACACCUGCACCACCAGCGGGAGCAGCUGUGACAUCACUGACCUUCCCUGUGGCUCCACCUAUGAAGUCAGCGUCACAGCAGCCAGCGCUGCUGGCCAGAGUUUACCCAGCUACUCUGACUCUCUAGAAACAGAGCCCUGCUGCCCGGUGAAUCUAACAGUGUAUCAGGUGACACAGGCGAUGACCAACGUCUCAUGGUCUCACGCCAAAGGGGCGCAUUCGUUCAUCACCUCUCUGACAUCACCACGUGGUCACGCCCGCUGCCACACCCAGGACUCCCACUGCCUGAUGGGAUGCAUCACCUGUGGGACCAACUACACCGUCACCAUGGAGGCGUUCAGCCACAGCGGGCGAAGUUCCAACUGCACCUAUCAGGGCUUCUCGUCCAGUGCCUGCUGUCCGUCAGGUGUCAGGCUCUACAGGAUGGCUGGUAACUCCGUGCGGGUGUACUGGCGCAGCGCUGGCACCAGCCACAGCUACAUCACAGAGAUGGUGGGCAGCAGCAGCAACUACACCUGCACCGCAUCUCCCGGGGAGAACAGCUGUGAUGUUGACAACAUCCAGUGUGGGGACGUCUUUAAUGUAGUGGUGGCUCCAGUCACACCAGAGGGCAGCAAAGUCAUGUUCUGCCCGCAGAGACUGUAUUCAGUCACUUGCUCAGGGAGUAACGUUGGCACGGUUAUUUACAGAGGGAAGAGAAGUGUGGACUAG